CGCGGCGAGCUGGCAGUCUGCUUGCCGCAUGCCCGACGCCAUGGCGUCCGUCAGCGCGCAGGACGAGCGCUCCAGGAGCCCGAGGAGGAUCAGCAGUGGGGUCAUCGAUAGCUUGUGCACAGCGACGGCCGAUUUGCUCCGACUGAAAGACCAGCAUGGCGAUACACUCUCUCGUCUCGCUACCAAGACGGGCGAGAGCAGGGCACUCUCGGAGAAGGUGGAGAGCCUGAAGAAGGAGAAGGCGGAGUUGAACAAGCGCCCGAUAGUCUAUGCUACCACGGAGAAGGAGCUGAAAGAAAAGGUGCAGAGGCAGGCCGGCGCUGCGGAGUCUUCCCGGGCUGCGCUGAAAGUGUCAGAGAGCAAGCUCGUCGAGGAACGUCAGCGAAGCCAGAGGCUUGAGAUGGAGAGCGCCAAGCAAGCUGAACGAGCGGUGGCGCGACAGGCUACCAUCGAGCACUUGCAGAAGGACGCAGCUACGUUGAAGGCGACUCUCGCCAAGAAGGCCGCCUUCCUGGACCAGCGAACUCGGGAGCGCGACGAGGCAGAGCAGGCCAUCGAGGACGAGAUGGAGCGGAAACGCCACAUGGAGCUCAACAUGUCGGCGCUCGAGGGCGACAUCGCGCGGGCGCAGGAGGAACAAGCCCGCUUGGAAGCCCGCGCGUCGGCCGCCGAGCAGUCGCUCGCUUCGAUUGCCCCAGCAAGCGUCGGCGACGCCGAAACUGUCGACUCGGUGUUGGCAGACCUGCUCAGCGGUGGCGACGAUUGCGCCGUCGCGGCGCAUCAGAGUGACGACGACGUUGGCAUGGUCGCGGACUUGGAGGGCGCGGACGGCUCGGAGAGCGCGGAGGCGGAGGAGCACGACGCAGGCGGCCAGGAGACGGACGCAGUCGCCUUGGAAAAGAAGCUAGGUGCCAAACGGUACAAGACGGACGACGAGAAGAUGAUGCACUGGGACAUCCGCAAGGACCCCUCCAUCGCAGACAAGCGAUGCACCAAGUGCGGCGACGCAGACAAAUUCGAGGUCAAGUGCGCGCAUUGCCUCGCAUGGCACGCGAUGGUCGGCUGCAGUUUUAGCCAUCACUACACCCACGUGAAGAACCACUGCGAGGGGAAGCGCAGGAUGGACGCGCCAGGAGGCAAAGGACGCGGCCUGGAUGCACUCUUCACUCCGAGGAAGCUGGCGAUCGAGCCCAUGAGCGAAUCCGCGGUUGAAUCCCCACCGAAGGAGGCGCCCAAGCCUCUCCCGUGCGAGGGCGUGGCGCCCUUCGCGUCGCUGGAGGCGGCGAAGAUGAAAGAAGCGUUGAAGGAGGACUGGGAGGAAGCCUGCAAGAGGCUCAAUUUGGACGCCGCAGCCGAGAGGUGGAGGCUGCUCGCGGACACCUACCGCACAUUCUUGAAAGGCUCCGCCUACGAGGUGCGCAAGGUGCCUGGCUGGGUCCCCGACCGUUCCGAUCAGAUCCUGACCGCGCGCCUUACGCGCGACAAGUGCGUGGCGCUGGAGGACGAGAUGAAGAGAGCGCUGAAUGGCGCCCUCAAAAACAUCGCGAGCGGGCGGGCCUGCUGCGAGUUCGUCGACAAGGCUCGGGCGGCGCACAAGGACGCGUACAAGUCCGUCAAGCACAUUCGCCCGAAGAACGCGCCCGCCCUGAACGAGGGGCCGUUGGAGCGGCUGCGCUCCAUGGCCAUGGCGCGCGGCAAGUUCUUGGAUUUCAGGGAGUUCGACGGCGCCGCGCCGGGCGCGGGGCUGGCCGAUGACGACUUGAAGAUGCUGAAGAACGCGGCGACCCUGAUGGCGACGAAGCAGGGCGGUCUGCAGGGCUCCGCGAUGAAAAGCGCCUUCGCCGCCUACGUGCGUCGCUGCAUGCGGCCCCUCCAGAAUAAGUCCAUGGGGGGGAUGACCUACGAUCAAGCUUUCCGUGACUACGCCUGGGCGAAGUACUUGCACGGCAAGGCCCCCUACCAUUUCGACCGGGCCAAUCUCUUCCAAGGCGCGAUCAUGUCUGAAUCCACGAUGAAGCGGGACACGCGGCAGCAGAAGCAGGCUUUCGACUUCUUGGACCACUCCCGGGAUAACCUCUACCACAUUGCCCAGCACGGCUUCGGAGUCUUGCAGGAGGCGCGCGUGGCCCAGGCGAUAGCGGUGGGGGAUGAGAUCACCAAGCUCCCGACCACGCGGUUCGAGCCCCAGCUCAGCGCCUACAUCGGCGGCGCGACGCGCCACGCGAAGGCGCCGCCAGAGUCGAUGGAGAAGCCCGCCGUCGACUAUACGCAGACGUUGGCCAGCAAGUGCAAGAUCAUUGGCUUGGUGGGCCUUGGCGACGCGCCCCUGGCGGUCUUGCCCACGCGCCCCGGCGGCGCAGACGCCGGCGAGGAUUCCGAGCUGAACGACAUGAUAUCCCACAUUGUCUUGCUGGCGCGGGGCCCCGGCGAGGUAGCCCGCGAGUUCGGCAUCGAGAUCCUGGGCAUGCUCUUCGAUUGCACGUCGAAGGAGGUCGGCUGGGUGAAGGACUGCGCGGCGAAGUGGAUCGGCGCCAGCAACGAGGACCGCGCGACCAUGAUGUUCAGAGGCUUGGACCCCAAACAUUGGUUCAAAAUCGUGCGCAACAGCGCGUGCUUCGGGGGCGGGCGCCUGCCGCACGGCGGCUUCCUCGUGCCGAACGUAGAGGUUCUGGGCGCGCUCGGCGCCAGGGAAGAUUGCGUCGUCAUCAAAGACGUCUUCUCGGACUUGAAGGUGCGCAAGGUUUUCGACGCCUUGCCGGAAUUCCCGCGCAUUCUGUUCGAAGGCCAGCGCCCCCUCCACGAGGUGAUGGGCACCGUCAUGGUGUUCUACGUGCCCUUGUUGGUCGAGACUUGCUUGCAGGCGCGGUCGACGUCGUUCGCCCGCGCAGAGCGGUCCGACCCCCCGCCAGCGCGGUCGGCAUCGUUCGCCCGCGCAGAGCGGUGCCACGCGCUCUUCUUCUGCCUGGUCUUCGCGUCUGGGUGGACCAUGAACUCCUUGACCCGGGCGAACUCCUUGCUCUGCAUCUUGCCGGUCGCGAUGGCUCCGGCGAAGACCGCGGCGGGGCACCACAGGUGGGGCACUUUGAUGUUGGAGUUCCUCUUCGACCUUCUCAGGGCCCACCAGAACUCGGAUCAGCUGUCCGCGCAGGGCAUGCUCCACGCGGUUCAGAACAUACUCCUCGGCCGCGCAGCUAACUCGCACACCGCUGCGUGGACAGCUUAUGCCACGCGCGCGAAGUCGGCCCCCCGACUGGGCCCCAUCAUCAAAGACCCGGAGCUGCUCGCCAUCAUCAACGACACCGCCGCCUCAGCAAGGAGCUCGCAGCUGAAGCGCGGCUGGGCCGAGGCGGCCCGGGCGCGCCCGAAGAACAUCGAGAAUCUCGCCAAGGUGUUCGACGACCUCAAGACAGACGUCGCCACCAGCACGAACGCGGAGGACCGCGUCGGCGAUCUGGUCGCGAGCCUCGCCGCGGACGGAAAGGACGUCGACGAGGCGCCAGACGCGUCGGACUUCACCCCGCCCGUCGGUUCCGAGCACGACGCCGAGAUGAUCGGGCCUAUGUUCCGCAGGGCGCUCCAGAAGACG